AACAUGCUUGAAAUAUUUAAAAUAUACCAAGUGAAACAUUUGACAUAUAAUAGUACUAUUAAAUUUGACAUGUAGCUUUUAUUGGAAUACUAAUUAGCUUUAAAUAAUAUUUGGUAAAACUACAAGUGAAAAAUGGAUGUGUACAAGACAUUUUGCCGAUUAUGUGCUGGCGAAGAUUCGUCCAAUAUAAAAAUUGACAAUGAAUUGAAAGAAUACAUACAGAAAUAUCUACGGUUAUAUAUACAACCCAGUGACUUGUCUCCACAAUUUGUAUGCAAGAUCUGUGUUGAAAAAUUAGAAUGCUUUAAUAGUUUUGCUAGUCAAUGCUUUAAAGUACAAAAUUUUUAUGACGAAAUAAUAUCGAGAAAUGUUAUAUCCGAAUACGAACUCUCACUUUUAAAAAGCGAAUUCAAGAUAAUAAACAGCAAACAUUAUACUUCAUCAGAUGUUACACCGCUGCAAGAAAUUAAAACAAUAUUGGAGGACAACAAGAACUUGAGUGGAGAUUUGGAUUACAAUACAAUAAUAAAAACAGAAAAUGAAAGUAACUCGAAUGACAAAUUUUAUUCACCACCUAUAGAAGAAAAACGAAAAAGAGGAAGGCCGCGACGAAAACAAAGUAAAAUUGGAACGCAAAGAAUAUCUAGGAAACGUCUAAUAUCUCAUGAUUUUAGUUCCGAAAACUCUGAUGGCGAACAUUAUACUGAAUCUGAUGUAGUGUACACUCCUGAUGAGGACAGAAUAGACAACUCUUAUAAGGAAAAUGAUCAAUAUGAAAAUGAAAAUAAUAUUGAUUCAGAAACGAAAUUUUCUCAGUACAAGUGUGCAGAAUGUGAAGAAAUUUUUAAUAAAAAGAGCCAUCUAGCCGAACACAUAAAAACGCACACAUCUAAAGAAAAAUAUCCAUAUAUUUGUUACCACUGUGGAUCUCAGCACAGUACAGAAGUUAAAUUAAAACGACAUGAAAUUGCUCACAUACCGCAGGAAGAAAGGCAGAUUUAUCCGUGCCCUCAUUGUGAUAAAAGGUUUAUGAAACCGCAGGCAGUCGAUGUCCAUAUCAAGUCAGUGCAUUUGCAAGAGCGACCGUUUGUGUGCCAUCAGUGUGGAAGAGCAUUCAGUUCCAAAGGAACCCUUAAUGAGCACUUAUUGAUACAUACCGAUGUUACGCCCUUUGUUUGCGAUUGCGGUAAAAGAUUUAAAACAAUUCAUCGGCUGAAACUACAUACUGAUACACACCGAGACACGCAAUACGAAUGCCCUGUUUGUUUUUUGCAGUUAAAUACCAAACGAACGUUAAGACAACAUUUAGUGAUUCACAAAGAAAUCAGAGCGUAUACUUGCAAGAUUUGUCAGAAAUCUUUUAAACGAUACAAAGGUUUAAAGACUCAUGAAAUUCUCCACUCGGGAAGAAGACCAUACACCUGUCCCUUUUGCGAUCGUACAUUCACAAAUGGAUCGAAUUGCCGAUCGCACAAGCGCAGAAUGCAUCCCAAAGAAUUGGCCGAAUAUGAAAAGGCUCUCCAGAAUACUAAUGAAGACAUUGGCAAUCAAGAUUCCGAGUCGAAAAUUAUAGUAAACCCUGGAAUUGCACAAGGUUUACAUGAUCAAGAUGCAAAUGUGAAUAUGGCUCAAGAUAACAAUGUAUCAAUUUCUGAUCUAUCACAUAGUAGUAUACCAAAGUUUACCUUUGAAGAUAUCCCACGAGAAAAUAUUACCCAGGAAGGUAAUAUUUCUUAAAACAGAUAAUAAAAUUAUAUACAAACUAUUAGUUAAAAAAUCAAUUAAAACCGAAAAUGAAUUAUUAUCAAUGAUACAGUCAAAGGACAGAGCACUCAUAUUUGAAAAACUUGUGUUGUUUUUUACCUAGCAAUAAGAUUUACAUUUUCUAGCAUUGAAUUGCUUACAGGAAUUGAUCA